CAACUUGCCAGCAUGAGGUGGACUGAGGUGGAGUUCUGGGAUGGGAUGGAGCCCACUUUCAUGAUGCCCAGCAUCACAGCUGAAGAGCGAACAGCCAUCUGGGACACGGUGGCUGGCUCCAUUCAAGAUCAGCUCCUGCUGCACAAGGGGCUCCGAAUUCCCAGCCUUGGCUCCUUUGACGCUGUCCCCAAACAGAUCCAAGUUGGGGGUGAGGUUGUGACCAUCCAGAGGCCUGUGUUUCACCUGGCCAGGAACCUCGUGGUUGUCCACAACCUACGGGACAACAAGUCCUACCUGCCUGGCAACAAGGAGCUGGAACCCCUCAAAUGCUCCAAGGUGGCCACAGCCAUCUCUGUGUCCCGACGGAAAGUGGAGGGCUGCAUCCAAGGCACCGUGUCCCUCCUCUCUCACUGUCUGGGGAAGGGGAAGAACGUCUCCCUCAUCCUGAAGGGUGCUGGGGUGCUCCUCAUAGAGGGCAGCAAGGUGCAAAUGAAGUUCUACUAUGACUUCCUGGACAGGAUGUCUGGGAAGGAGAACUUGGAGAAAGCUGUUUCCCAGGUCCCCCAGCUGCUGAACAUGACUGUGUCCCCGGUGGUGCCCGUGGCCUCACUGACUUUCUCUGGCCAUGUCAUCAUCUUUCCCGAGUUUGAAAUGGAGGUUGUGUCCAAACCACCACCCAGGCCUCUUCUCAAGACCUUGAAACAAGACCCUGGUGAGGUCGAGGAGAUGAGGAGAGAGAGUUUUCCAUCUCCUGGACAAGUGGGUUUUCCUGGUUUUCCCUUUGCUCCUGGUCCAAGUCCAACUCACGAAGACUUUGGGAAAGUAACAGAGCCAAAGAAGAGGAGAAUGUCUCAGGUCAGGAAGCAACUGGUGAUAUCGCGGGAUUCCUCUGCCAAAAAGCAGCUGGUGACCACCCAAGCCAAGGGCAAGCCUGCUUCCAAAGGCCGAGCAUCGAAGCAGGUGGUGAAAUCUGAGAGCUACAGAGGAGGAGGAGGACGAGGAGAAGGAGGAAGAAAAGGAGGUGGAGGAGAAGGAGGACCAGAAGGACCAGGAUCAGGAGGGCAAGGAGGAGGGGAAGGAUGGGUGGAGAAAAUCCUUGCUGAAAUGGCAGUGCCGAAGACAACGAAGGCCCUGCCCAGCCAUUCCCAGCCAGCCUUGACUUUCCAAACACCGCUGAUCGCUGUGUUUUCGGCUGAGAGCUCUGACAUCUGGAGCCCACUGCAGUAG